CAGGCAGCGUCACUAGCCCUACGCGGGCAUCAUCCAUUGUCUGACUGACAGCCCCGCUCGGGGGCGGGCGGAGUUGCGCUGGGCGGGUCAAGUGGCGGCUGGUGGGCGUGUCCUCCGAGGCGGGGGUGGUGCUAUUGCGCGUGCCGGUUCCGGCCCCUGAGCUGCGGGAGCGAGCGCGGGAGGGGCCGGGUCUGUCAGCGCAGCCGGAGAGCCGAGCAGGAGUCGCCAUGGCCGCCACCGCAUGGAUGCCCACGGUAUCUCGGUUGCUGGGAGUUUUCAAAAACCAAAAACAGGUACAGACAGUAACUUUAAUCCCAGGAGAUGGCAUAGGACCGGAGAUUUCUGCUGCUGUUAUGAAGAUUUUUGAUGCUGCUAAAGCUCCUAUUCAGUGGGAAGAGAGAAAUGUUACAGCUAUCCAGGGACCAGGAGGAAGGUGGAUGAUUCCUCUAGAUGCCAAAGAAUCCAUGGAUAAAAACAAGAUGGGACUGAAAGGACCUUUAAAAACACCCAUAGCUGCUGGGCACCCUUCGAUGAAUCUGCUGCUGCGUAAAACCUUUGAUCUUUAUGCAAAUAUUCGUCCCUGUGUCUCGAUUGAAGGAUACAAAACACCUUACACAGAUGUAAAUAUUGUCACAAUUCGAGAGAACACAGAAGGAGAAUACAGUGGAAUUGAGCAUGUGAUUGUUGAUGGUGUUGUACAGAGUAUCAAACUCAUCACAGAAGAAGCAAGCAAACGUAUUGCUGAAUUUGCUUUCGAGUAUGCCAGAAACAAUCAUAGAAGCUAUGUUACUGCAGUGCACAAAGCAAACAUUAUGCGAAUGUCCGAUGGGCUUUUUCUGAGAAAAUGCAGGGAAGCUGCAGAAAACUAUAAAGAUAUUAAAUUUAAUGAAAUGUACCUUGAUACUGUGUGUCUGAAUAUGGUACAGGAUCCAUCACAGUUUGAUGUGCUUGUUAUGCCAAACCUGUACGGUGACAUCCUGAGUGACUUGUGUGCCGGAUUGAUUGGGGGCCUUGGAGUAACACCAAGCGGAAACAUUGGAGCUAAUGGAAUCGCAAUCUUUGAAUCUGUUCAUGGAACAGCACCAGACAUUGCAGGAAAAGAUUUAGCAAAUCCAACUGCCCUUCUUCUGAGUGCUGUGAUGAUGCUGCGUCACAUGGGACUGCACGAAUAUGCCACAAAAAUCGAGACUGCAUGUUUUGAAACAAUUAAAGCUAGAAAGGUCCUAACAAAAGAUUUGGGAGGUAAUGCCAAGUGUUCGGACUACACAGCAGAGAUCUGUCGCAGAGUACAGGAUAUUGACUAAAGUUUCCUCAUAUCACUAAUGUUGCAAUCACUCCAAAUGGACACAUUACAAAUACAUUAUAUAGUCAUCUGCAGUUCAUAUACAUUUGGUUUGCCUAGCUCGAGAGAGAGCAAACUUUUUAGAUGGGGCCAUUUUGUUAAUAAAUUUAGCCCAAAUGGAUACAAAUAACAUUUGUGCCUGCUUUCAGUGGACUUUUUCCAAGUGCUUUGUUUUAUUUAUUACUCGUCUCUGGUGACAUUUUUUUGUAUAAGUGGAUUCCUUUAUUGUUUCACUUGGAAUUGUUUACCAUUUUACAUUUCAAUUAAGUGGUUUUUACUUCUCAAAAGACUUGCUGUAAAUAUCAAGAUGACUGAAUUAUCAUGAUUAUAAAAGCACCUUUUAAAGAAAGCUUAAAAUCUAUUUUAUUGGUCUUAGAAUGGAACAAAAUAGGCUUUUCGGCCUUAAAAUAGCACAAGAAGACACUUUUGUAAACAAACGGGUAUGAAACUUACUAGGAAUGUUGUAUCAAAAGCAAUGAAGAGACACUUUAAGGUGCUGUGAUGUUCCAGGAAAAACAAAAAGUUCUCUAAAUGCAUGAAUAAAGACUUAAAACCCUACAGAUAUUUAAUCUCUCUUAAAAUAUGUUUCUGUAUAAAAAUCAAGGCAUCAAAACAGAUGUGAGAAAUAAUACUAGUAAAGUAAAAUCUUACAAACCUACGUAUCCAAAUAUUCUUGUAAGGUGGCUCUGAGAGGAAGACUCUUACUUAUUUUACAAUAAAUUUCUCCUAAUGAGUAGAUGAUAAAAUUCCUUGAAUUCCACUCUGUAUUGUCAGGCGGAAAUAUAAAUUUUCUGUAGCUUUGUACUACAGUUUUUCUGUUGUACUUUGUUUUUAUGUAUUGUAUUGUCUGUUUUGAUGUUUAAAUGUAUUGAUUAGUAACUUCCUCAAAUUCUGAAUGUAACCGACGAGAUAACAAGGGAUUGCUACAGAGCUUGAAACUGGGUAUCCUCUUGUACAAUGAUCUAUAAUUUUGGUUCUGAUGCUUAAUAUUUCUGGAACCUAUAAUCUGUCUUCACUAUAUGGGUGGAUAUGAGGUUUCCAGGCAUUUGCUCACUAAGCCUAGCAAAGACCAUGAAAUUAAGUCCUCUUCUCAUCUCCAUAUAGUGAUAUAAUGGACACACAUGACAGAUACUGACCUAAAUGUCUUAGAAUAGCUCCAUCCCUACAACCUUUAACAUACGUAUAAAUCAAAUUUCCUGCUAAUGGUUCUGAUCUGUACCCCAACUGUAUUCAGCUUAAUUCUGUCUAUAGGUCCCAUGCCACUAAUUUCACUUAUUUCCUUAUUCAGUUUGGUGGUUUCCAAAGCAAAACCGAGCAAUGCAAAGUCACUUCAUUUUCCCCUGCAAAAUAAGCAUCCCAGCUUUUGUUAUACUUCUGCUAUCCUAUGGCAGGGAUAGGGACAAAGAUUUUUUUUUUUUCUUGUGUAUUCAUAACUGCUUCUAGUGAUAAAGGUAAUUUUUCUUCUCUUGGAUGUACCACAGCAGAGGUUGAGCUUGAUUUGAAUGUGCAUGGUGUGGUUGCUGCUCCCUUGAUUCAUUUGUAUUUAUGCUAAGUAAGCAACUGAGUUACGUUUACGCACAAAGUGAGAAAAUAAAGACUUCCCAAAGUCA